CGGGCCUCACUCGCCGGCAUUUGCCGGCCUGGCCGCCGCUUGUGCGGAGCUCUGUGGCCGUGGCUGCGGAAGCAGUUACCCUACUCUGGUUUUCCUGCCUUCCUCUUCAUCGGUGAGACACAAGGCUGGACCAGGGCUCCCAGGGAAAAUUUCUACUAUCAAGGAAGACAACAUAGGACUAGGACCUUCCCAUGGACCCUUCUGAGGACAUUCCAACAGCACAAGCAAGAGUGUUCUCCUAAGACACAAAGAGCCUAUAAACACAAUCCUUUGAGAAGUACCAUGGUAGUCAGGAGAGGCAGACGUGGCUCCCAGCAAUUGCCUGGCCUGGGAGGGCAGGGUGGUUGUACCAGUUUCCGAGGCAUGCUUAUAGCUGCCCUGCUGUUCAUCAGCCUACCAUGGGGGGCUCAAGUGAUGGCUAGUGCAAACAUCAGCACUGCUCUGGGCCACACUGGGCCACUGACAAAUGGUCACUAUUUGAGCAUUGGGGACAGCUCAGUGACAGAAUUUGAGUUCCCUGAGAAGAGUGAGGGUAUCAUUGUGAUUUCUAGCCACUAUGGACAGGCUAAUGGGACACGCUCAAGCCCCACACUGAGGGUUAUAUCCCUGGACACAGAGGUGCUGACCAUCAAGAAUGUGAGUGCCAUAACCUGGGGCAGCGGGGGUGGCUUUGUGGUGAGCAUCCACUCAGGUCUGGCUGGGCUAGCCCCACUCCACCUCCAGCUCUUGGACCUCCAUGAGGCCCCACCCCUGCUGAUUGAAGAACGGAGAGAUUUCUGCAUCAGAGUAUCACCUACUGAAGAUAUCUCUUCUACUCUCAAUGCCAACUUGGGCCACUUCUCAGAGAACCCAAUACUCUACCUUCUUCUGCCUCUUAUCUUUGUCAACAAGUGUUCAUUUGGGUGCAAAGUGGAACUUGAAGUUUUGAAGGAGCUCCUACAGAGCCCCCAACCCAUGCUGUUGGGCCUCUUGGGCCAGUUUCUGGUCAUGCCUUUCUAUGCUUUCCUGAUGGCCAAAGUUUUCAUGCUACCCAAGGCCUUAGCUCUGGGCCUCAUCAUUACGUGCUCAUCACCUGGCGGUGGUGGGAGCUACCUCUUCAGUCUCCUCCUUGGAGGAGAUGUCACCCUGGCCAUCUCCAUGACUUUCAUCUCAACAGUAGCUGCUACUGGUUUGCUGCCACUAUCAUCAGCCGUCUACAGCCGCCUUCUCAGCAUCCAUGAAACACUCCAUGUGCCCAUCUCCAAGAUACUGGGAACCCUGCUGUUUAUUGCCAUCCCCCUAGCAGCAGGUGUGGUGAUCAAGUCUAAGCUCCCCAAGUUCUCUGAGCUACUGCUACAGAUCAUCAAGCCCUUCAGCUUUGUACUUCUCCUGGGUGGCCUGUUCCUGGCUUACCACAUGGGGGUCUUCAUCCUAGUGGGAGUCAGGUUACCCAUUAUACUGGUAGGCUUCACAGUACCCCUGGUUGGCCUCUUAGUGGGCUACAGCCUGGCUAUGUGCCUGAAGCUGCCAGUAGCCCAGCGGCGGACAGUCAGCAUUGAGGUAGGAGUGCAAAACAGCCUGCUAGCCUUAGCCAUGCUGCAGCUGUCUCUGCGCCGCCUUCAAGCAGACUAUGCCUCUCAAGCCCCUUUCAUUGUGGCACUGAGUGGUACCUCUGAGAUGCUGGCUUUGGUUAUUGGCCAGUUCAUUUACAGGAGCUUGUUUCCUGUUCCCUGAGCCCCCAGGAUCAAGUUUUAUAAGCCCCAACCCCCAUAUUCCACUCUCCCCACAGUUCUUGUGUACCAAAGGCCUUUAGUUCUCAUGCACUAUGCACUCAGACAAAUCCAGGCUUUUUUUUACUGUUUUUUUUCCAGCUUUCAGUGCCAAAGAGGCCAUGCUGAGUUAGACAGCUGGGUACUACCCAGAACUAUAUUUCAAUAAAAGACAAAAGCAAGCUUAA